GCCAUAGCAAGGAGCAUCACUAUUUUUUGAUCAGAAAUAGUAUUUUUGAGUAAAAAUGACUGAUCAAAUAAAGUUUAUAGUGAAAGAGCUAAACGAGGUGCUGGAUCGGUGUUACGACCUGAUCAAAUUCGACUCUCUGGACGAGAAGCAGCUUCUUCAAGUGCUGGUGGAUUUGCUCGUGUCAUUUGGCGCUGGAGAAAAGCUGGACAUCCGAAGCGAUGACCCGGAGCUGGUGUCAGUCCGUCUGUUGGAGAUGUUAGCUAGCGUCAAGUACCGGCCGCCGGGGGGCGUGGAGCCUACCCGCUUCCGGACCCUACUCCUGGCUGGAGACGCCAGGACCGUGCACCACGCGCUGCACUGGUUGUUAACCAAUAAGGAGCAAGUUAAGAACACCGCGUAUCUUGCUAAAUAUUUGAAAAUACCCGACAUCCCAAGCGAUGUGGUCCGGAACAAUGCGGUCCAGGAUUUGUUGGACUUAUACCAAAGCCUCAUCGACGAGUUCAAAGAUGUGCACAAAAGGACCCGGCUGCUACAAAAGGAAAAUGCCUCGGAAAUUAUUAAUGAUAUCAAAGAGAUGGCCCUCGAGAGGGACAUUGUUAUAAAAAGAAUAGAGAAUGUUCAGGGAAAUCUGAUAGAUGUGAACGAUAAGGAGGAGUUACUGGCGCUUGGGAAGGCUUUGCGAACUCAGCAGGAGAAGGCGAAGGAGUUGAACCAUCAGUACGAGACCCAGCAGUCCCAGUUGAAGGCGGCGAGUGACCAGCUGAAGAGGCACCUGAACGUGGUCCACGGCCAGAGCGCGGCGCCCCGCUCCGUCAGUGACGUCAUCAAGCAUUUGCAGGAGGAAGUGCAGUUAAACAGUUAUCUGGUGAAAGAGAAGCUGCCCCACGAGACCGCGGCCAUCCAGCGAGAGCUGAACAUCAUGCAGAUGAUCGCGACAGAAGAACAUCCGUCUCGCUCUGACCUAGUCGCUGUUCAGGAUAAAAUUGCUACAGUGAAUAAUGAAAUUGAGCUCCUGGUGCAACAACGGCUGGCCACCGCUGGCCCUCAAGAGGACAAGCUGGCCCCGUUCAGGCAACAAGCGGCCGUAAUCCGCCGCAACAAGGACGCGAGUGCCGUGCGCGUGGACGAGCUGGCGGCCACUCUCCGAGACCAGGAGGCCUCGCUCGCUGAUCUCCAGUCACAGGUGCGGCAGCUGCUGGGCGACAUGGUGCUGCGCGGGGACGAGCUCAAGAAGUACGUGGCCUCGCUCCGCACCAAGAGCACCCUGUAUAAGCGACAGCGCGCCAGCCUCUCCGCCUUCAAGGUGGAGGCGGGCAUACUGGCGCGCACGCUGCACAUCAUCAGCUCGGCAGACCCCACGGUGGAGCUCGCGCUGGUCAACCACAAGAAGCUCAAGAUAGAUGACGAGGAACCUGACCAGCCCCCACCAGACAUGGCCAAGAAGUCACUCCACGACCUCUCGCAGCUGGUAGCGCAAACAGCUCAGAAGCUCUCCCAAGUCCGUCAAGAGAUCCAGCCUCUCGCGGAGAAAAUAAAACCCGUCAAAGAAGAGUUCCAAUCCGUGCAGCAGCAGUACGAGCAGAAGAAACGAGCCUACGACGCCGCGUCCAUCAACAUCACGUCGCAGAUGCAGCCAAUCAGGGACCAGGUGAAGGAUCUAACCGACCAAUUAGAAGCCAAGGAGGACGAGUGGAAGACUCUGCGUCAAAAGAUUGAGAAGGCGGAGAGUCUGCAAGAGAUAGUCGCGUCGGAGAUGAAGAACUCGAUUCAGUCGCCGCGAAAGCCUUCCAAGAUGGAGGCCUUGAAGAAAAGAAUUGAGGACAUGGAGAGGAAAGUGAAACAGUUGGAAGAGGAGCAGUCAGCACUAAGCUCCCGCCAGAGCGCGGUGGAGACGCAGACGAGGCUCUGGCAGCGCACGGUCCAGCUGCUGCAGUGCGCGCUGCGAGCCCGCGCCGCGCCCGCCGCGCGCCCCUCUCGCGUGCAUAUUACGAGGCAGACGCAGAUGCUUACGCUGUCUUGAAGCGGUUGAGGAUAGAGCAAAAGCAUAGUUUGUUUA